CUAUGGCAGACAAAACACGAGAGACUAGAAUCGAUGAUGUUGAGAACCUGAAAACUGCUGGGGACACAGGCAAUGUUCGCCUACCAGUACCCAGCAACGACCCCAACGAUCCGCUUAUCUCGGUCUAUCUUACAGUCUGUUUCUUUACCUUCAUCGCCAAUGUAAACGGGAGCAACUUCACUGUCGCUAUAGUGCCACUACGGAAACACUUUCACAUCGAUGCCGCGGAUGCGACUCUUCUGGUCGGACUCAAUGUCCUCAUGUUUGGAGUGGGCAACAUGUUCUGGGUACCUUUGAUGCGCGUGCUUGGUAAACGCCCGGUAUACCUCAUGGCUUUGACUGUCUUGACUGUGGCCAAUAUCUGGAGUGCAUUUGCACAGACAUGGGGCAGUCUACUCGGUGCGCGUAUGCUCAGUGGCGUUGGUGCCGCUUGUGCUGAUGCCACGGUUCCUUCUCUUGUGGCGGAGAUGUUCUUCUUCGACCAGCGCGGCCAUUGCAUGAUGUUCUUUCAUGUAGCUUUGGCAUCUGGUCUCUUCUUGGGGCCACUGAUCAAUGCCUACAUUGUUGGAUUGCAUGGCUGGCGCUGGAGUUGUGGUUUCAUCGCCAUCUUCUCUGGUGUUUUGCUUGUUUGCACUUUCUUCCUUGUCCGAGAAACGCAGUACAGCAAGCCUCGCAUACAACAUCCUGAAGACGAUAGACCAGCCAAGAGAAGUUAUGUCGCUUGGCUCUCCCCAACGAUUGGAUACAAUCCUCAAGGUCACUUCCUACGCACAUUCUGGGAUAUCCUACGCAUGGCCACUUACCCACCCGUCUUUUGGGCCGGCAUCCUGAUCGGCUGUUUCGUCGGCUGGACCAUCGUCGUCCAAAUCGCUACCACACAGACAUUCACACAACCACCCUAUAGAUGGACCACAGGUGACGUGGGUCUCUUUUCUCUAUCCGCCUUCAUCGGCGCACUCCUCUCCUUUUACUUUGGAGGCCGUCUCAUCGAUCUCAUCGCCAACCGAGCCCGUCGCCAGGCUUCCCGGCCACGCCCCGAGAUCCGUCUUCUCGCUCUCGUCAUCCCUGCCUUCAUCGGCCCUCUAGGUAUCAUAACCUACGGCCAAUGCAUCGCCCACAAGACUCUUUGGGUGGGCCCCGCAUUCGGUUUCGGCAUGCACGCCUUUGCCCUCACAGCACUCAGCAACAUCGUCGUCACCUACAUUGUAGACUGCUACUCUGCCUUUGCCGGCGAAGCUCUAGUGAUAGUAUUUGUGAUUCGCAAUGCCAUUGCUUGUGUAUUGAGCAUGUAUUCCAGCGAUUGGAUUGCUAGACAGGGUGCUUCUGAUACUUUUGGCGAGAUGGCGGCCAUUCAGUAUUUUUUGCUGUUGGGUGCCGUGCCGUUGUAUUUCUAUGGUCCUUUGUUGUUGAAGUUUACGGGUGGGUAUGGACCCAUGUCGAGGGUUGCAGAG